AUGGUGCCCACCUUCACCCUCUGCCUGCUGGGCAGCUCCGCUCUGCUCCUCAGCACCACGCCCGGGGCUCAAGCUGCCUGGUGCCCGUUCCCCCGGGUGCCCUACGGGACCGUGUCCCCUCGUCGCUCUUCCUACCGGACACGGGACACCGUGAGUGUCACCUGCAACCCGGGCUACGCCCUGCAGGGCCCCGGCAGCAGCACCUGCGGGGCCACCUCCAGGUGGGACCCCCCUCUGCCGCAGUGCAAAAAGGAGGUGACAUGUCCCCGGCCACCGAGCAUCGCCAAUGGGCUGCACAGCGGCCGCUCCAAGGACAGCUUCUCCCGGGGGGUGGCCGUGUCCUACAGCUGCACGGAGGGCUUCGAGCUGCUCGGCAACGCCACCAUCACCUGCACGGACUCGGGGCUCUGGAGCCGGCCCCUGCCCCGCUGUCAAGCGAUCGGCUGCCAGGUGCCCGAGGUGCAGAACGGGAAGGUCCACAACGUGCAGAGCAGCUACAGAGCUGGGGACACUCUGCACUUUGGCUGUGAUGCUGGUUACACCGCAGAGGACUCCGAUGAGGCUCGGUGCCAGCCCGGGGGCAUGUGGGACCCGCCGGAGCUCGUGUGCCAGAGGGUCCGGCCGUGCCCGAUGCCUCCCGAGGUCGCCAAUGGCAAUCACAACGGCCGGAACACAGCAGGAUUCACCAUGGGAAUGUCAGUGAGGUACAGCUGCAAUCCUGGCUAUUACCUGGUUGGAAAUGCCGCCGUGUCCUGCAGAGCAUCGGGGAACUGGAGCCAGCCCCUCCCUCGCUGCCAGGGGACUGUCUGCAUCAAUCCAAUCGUAGCCAAUGGAAGGCAAGUUGGUGGCCACGGGCUCCUCUCUGCCCCCGGGCAAACGGUGACAUUCCGGUGCCACGAUGGUUACAGCCUGCAGGGCAGUGCCAGCGUGUCCUGCCAGGAGGAUGGCAGCUGGCAGCCCCCUGCUCCUGAGUGUGACAGAGCACUGCCCUACCACAGCUCCUUCAGCAGGUCUCCAGGUGCUUGUGGUGCUCCCACAAGGUUACAGUUUGCUGAGCUAAAUGAGGAGCAUAGAAAUGCCGUUGAUUUUCCUGUUGGGAAGACUGUGCAAUACACUUGCCUCCCUGGAUAUGCCAAAGUCCCAGGAAUGUCACCUACUAUGACAUGCCUUGAGAGUGGAGUGUGGUCAGAAGCUCUAGAGUUCUGGUGUUUUCCUUCCCCAGGGAAACAGUGCAGUCACCCAGGCGAGCCUGUGAAUGGCAAGAUUAUUUCCCUGACAAAUCUCCAGCUUGGGUCCACAGUGGUUUACAGCUGUGAGGAAGGGCACAGGUUAAUUGGACAGUCCAGCAGACGCUGUGAGAUCUCUGGGGGACGUGUUGCAUGGACUGGCCACAUUCCCCUCUGCCAGCGCAUCCCUUGCGAGCCACCCCCGGACAUCCCCCGCGGGCAGCACUCGGGCCGGCUGCUGAGCGAGUUCCUCUACGGCACGGCGGUCACCUACACCUGCCACCGCGGCCAUCCCCUGCACGGGGACCCCUCCAUCCACUGCACCACCCGCGACGGCCACAACGGCGUCUGGAGCGAGCCCCUGCCCGCCUGCGGAGAGGCGAAUUGUCCUGUGCCACAGAUCCAGCACGGGAGGAUCGUGGCUGCCAGGUCUGCCUACGCACACAGGGACACCGUGACCUUCGAGUGUGACCCAGGCUAUGCCAUUCGUGGCCACAGAGAGAUCCAGUGCCAGCCAAACAACACCUGGGAGCCGCCGGUGCCCGUCUGCGAGCAGGCUGGCUGCAGAGCCCCUGCCAGGCCGGGCUUUGCCGAGCUGAAGGAGCCCUACAGGAACCAGACGCUGUUUCCCGAGGGGAGCAGGGUGGAAUUCGUGUGCCAGCCUGGCUACAGCCAGCUCCCGGGGGUGUCACCAGCCAUCACCUGCCUCAGCAACCAGACGUGGUCUGCAGUGCUGGAGUUCUGUGAAAGGAAGCAGUGCCCCAGCCCAGGGAAGCCAGAGAACGGCAGAGCUGUUGUCCUGACAGAUCUCCUGCUCGGGUCCAAAAUCAACUACACUUGUGACAAAGGGUACAAGCUGGUGGGAGGCUCCCAGAGAAUUUGUGAGGUCUCUGGCACACAUGUCUCAUGGAGUGGGGAUCCUCCUGUCUGCCAGCGUGUCACCUGCGCUGCCCCUCCGGCCAUCCCCCGGGGGACACACAGCGGGGGCUCCAGGGACACCUUCUCCCUCGGGGACGUGGUCACCUACAGCUGUGCCUCGGGGCUGGCCCCAGCUGGAGACGCCUCCCUGACCUGCAGCUCUGCGGACGGGGAGCAUGGCACGUGGAGCGGGGCAGUGCCACGCUGCCCAGAGGUGAGGUGCCCUGCCCCUCCGAGCAUUGCCAACGGGCAGCACAGUGCCAGCCCCGGGGCCUGGCACAGCCCGGGCUCCGUGGUGCUCUACACCUGCGCCGAGGGCUACUCCCUGCUGGGCAACGCCUCCGUCCGCUGCACGGCCAGGGGCACCUGGAGCCGGCCCCAGCCCCGCUGCCGAGCAACUGGAUGCACCAGGCCGGAGAUCCAGAAUGGAAAAGUGGCUGGCUCAGAGACCGCCUACAGCCUGGAGGACAUCAUCGUCUUCGAGUGCAACGUUGGUUAUGCCUUGAAGGGCUCUCAAGAGUCCCAGUGCCAGUUUGGGGGCAAGUGGCACCCUCCUGUCCCCAGCUGUGAGAAGUUGCCGCCGUGUCCUUCCCCUCCCAUUAUCAGAAAUGGCCAGCACGACAGCAAGGAGGUGGCAGAGUUCAUCCCUGGCAUGGCAGUGAAGUACCACUGUGACCCGGGCUACGUCCUCACUGGGAAAACCACAAUUUCCUGCUUGCCAUCGGGAGUCUGGAGCAUCCCCUACCCCCGGUGUGAAGCGAUCACCUGCAGCAGCCCCAGCAUCAAGGACGGAGAGGUGGCCGAGGGCCGGAGGGCUGUGUACCACCCUGGGGACAACGUCACCUUCCAGUGCCACCCAGGCUUCGUGCUGAGGGGCAGCCGUGGGGCCACGUGCCAGCCCGACAGCCGCUGGGUGCCCGCUGUGCCCACCUGCCAGCCAGUGCGGCCGUGCCCUCCGCCCCCGGUCAUCGCCCACGCCACGCUCAGUGCCCAGCCGGGGAUGAACUUCACCAGUGGCACCUCCGUGAGCUACAGCUGCCAGCCUGGCUUCUCCCUGCUCGGGGACCCCUCCGUGCUGUGCACGGCCUGGGGCAACUGGAGCCUUCCCUACCCACGCUGUGCAGCCGGUUGUGGCACACCGACACCGUUGCUAUUUGCUGAGCUAAGUGAGCAAUAUGAAAAUCAGACUGAGUUUCCUGUCGGGAUGUCUGUGAACUACACUUGUCGGCCUGGAUACGUGCAACAGCCACAGAUAUCACCAACUAUCACAUGUCUUGAAAAUCUAACGUGGUCUGAAGCCCAGGAGUUUUGCAAAAUGCUGCAAUGCCCUCCACCUCCAAAUAUUGCCAAAGGAAGCCACGACAGGCAGGACUUGGAGGUUUUCCCCGCUGGGCUGGUUGUGAACUACAGCUGUGACCCUGGCUACAGCCUGCGGGGAGAGGCGUCCAUCUACUGCACCAGCUCCGGCAACUGGAGCCUCCCUCUCCCUCAGUGUGCAGCUGGCUGUGGUGCACCUCCAAACCUCACCUUUGCUGAGCUAACCAGGGAAUACAAAAAUCAGCUGGAAUUUGCUGUUGGGGACACUGUGAGCUACAGCUGCCGGCCGGGAUACUCGAGACGCCCCGGAGCGCCCCAAACUCUGACUUGCCUCCAAAACCACACGUGGUCUGAAGCCCUAGAGUUCUGUAAAAGGAAGCAGUGUAGACACCCAGAGCCCCCCAGGAAUGGCAGAGUUGUUGUUCUGACAGAUCUCCUUUUUGGGUCAACCGUGAGCCACACGUGUGACGAAGGGUACAGACUGGUUGGACAGUCCCACAGGAGAUGUGAGAUUUUGGGACGACACGUUGCCUGGGCUGGUCUGCCUCCCAUCUGUCAGAGGGUGGUGUGCCCAGCCCCACGGAUCCACAGCGGGAGGGUGGCUGUCCCCAAGCCCCGCUACACCUACGGGGACUCUGUCACCUUCAAGUGCCACCGAGGCUUCACCCUGCGAGGCCACCGCAGGUCCCAGUGCCGAGGGGACAGGAGGUGGCACCCGCCUGUUCCUGUGUGUGAGCAGGAUGGACUGUCAGAACGUUAUCACCACCCUGACACCACAACAAAGCCAGUGCUGCACUGCUCCAAGCCUGCAGACAUCACCCACGGGUCUUUCCGUGGCCCAGCAAAAGCAGUUUUUACUGUGGGAACAUCUGUAAACUACAUCUGUGAGCCUGGCUUCUCCCUCCUGGGGACAGCAUCCAUUUAUUGCACAGCAUCUGGAGCCUGGAGCCAUCCCCCUCCCGUAUGUCAAGCUGUGAAGUGUCAGCAGCCUCCAAACAUCACCAACGGGAGGCUGAAAGGCAACAGCUCUGCCACCUUUCCCCCCGGAGCCGCCGUGUCCUACAGCUGCGAUCCUGGCUACUCACUGCUUGGGAAUGCUUUCAUCAACUGCACGGGGUCGGGCUCCUGGAGCCAGCCCCUCCCGCAGUGCAAAGAGAUCAGAUGUGAAUUCCCGGAUGUCCAAGGUGUUAAAAAAGCCAUUAAAGGAAAUACUUAUCGCUCUGGCACUAACAUCACUCUUGAGUGUGACGAUGGUUACGUGCUGGAAGGCAUCAGUCACACCCAGUGCCAAGAGGAUUUCAGCUGGGACCCUCCCGUGCCCGCCUGUAAACUGACAUCCCCCAAGCCCGGGUCACUAGGCCUAGGAGUGGCAGCUGCAGCAGUUCUGCUGCUCCUGGGGGCAGGUGUUGUCUGGAAAAUAAUUUCCAAUUACUGGGCCCGGCGGGCGGGCCCGGCCAUGGCGGGCGGGGCGGGCCGCGCAUGCGCACCCGGCCGCGCGCUGCGUCUCCGCGGCGCCGGGAGGGAGCGGAGCGGCCGCAGCCGCGGCCCCGCUGCGGGCAUGGGGCGGCUCUCGGUGCCGCCGCCGCUGCUGAUGCUGCCGCUUCUGCUGCCGCCCGUGCUGGUGCUGUGGCAGCUCGGCGGAGCCCAGGCUCAGGGCUCGUGUCCCAGGCCGGAGCGGCUGCAGUACGCAGAGCUCGACCAGAGCUCCAGGGAAAUGCAGGAUUUCCCACCUGGGACCAGAGUCUCCUUCACCUGCCGGCCGGGGUACACGAGGGUCCCAGGGAAGCCACUGAGCUGGACGUGUGGUGAUGACUUGCAGUGGUCACCCAAGGGCGCGUUCUGUACAGCGAGAAAAUGUAUUUACCCAGGAGACUUGGAAAAUGGUUAUUUUGACCCAACAGAUCUUACAUUUGGUUCAAAAUUGACAUUUCAUUGUAAAGAGGGGUACAGAUUGCGGGGUAAGGGGGAGAUUUCCUGUGAUAUCAAGAAUGAAGGUGUUGGCUGGAGUGGAGGUCUGCCUUACUGUGAAAGAAUUCCUUGUGAGCCACCUCCCAAAAUAGCCAACGGGGGCUAUGAGGAGAGAGCCAGCUACGUGUACCAGAGCACGGUGACCUACAGGUGUCAGGAUGUCCCCAAGGGCAUCUUUCUUAACUACUUGGCUGAGGUUCUCAAAACCAAUUUGACCAAUUUUUGUGCUUUAUUUCCAGGAAUUCCUUGUGAGCCACCUCCCAAAAUAGCCAACGGGGGCUAUGAGGAGAGAGCCAGCUACGUGUACCAGAGCACGGUGACCUACAGGUGUCAGGAUGUCCCCAAGGGCAGUGAUCCCUUCUCCCUCAUUGGCUCAGACACGAUUUACUGCACGUCUGAUGAACACUCAAAUGGAGUUUGGAGUGGGCCUCCUCCAGAAUGUCGAGUGGUCAAAUGUGAAGACCCCAGAGUUGAAAAUGGGAGAAAAAUAUCUGGAUUUGGGCUUACCUACAAAUACAAGGACUCGGUUGUGUUUGAGUGUAAUCAAGGUUAUUUCUUGGUUGGAGCAGAUGUAAUUACCUGUAAAGAAAAUAACGCCUGGGAUCCUCCAAAACCAACCUGUGAGAAAAUCACUGCAGAUGUGUGUCCUGCCCCGAAGAUCCCCAAUGGGGUCCUGGUUCCAAGCAAGCCUGCCUAUACAAAAGGAGAGUCUGUGCAGAUCCAGUGCAAAGCUGGCUGCUCCUUCCCUGGUGGCUCUGCAGAGAUGACAGUGACCUGUCAAGAACAGAGUUCCUGGGGUGCUUUACAGCCCUGUACCUGUGAGCCUGAAGGUUCUGGUUCCACUCCAGUCAUAAGUUAUGGGAGAGUGAUAGCUGGACAAAAACCUUCCUACUUGGUGGGGGAUUUCAUUACCAUUGAAUGCUACACGGGGUACACCCUGCACGGGGAGGCUCGGAUUCGGUACAUUGGAAACAACCAGUGGGAGCCUGCAGUGCCAACCUGCCAGCUCAGUGGAUAUAUUAUAGCCAUCAUCUGUGUGAUUGUGGUAGUUGUGGUGCUCCUGGCAGCCUUUUGGAUCUACAAGAAAUUCUUCUCACAGAAUGGGUCUGGUGCUGCGUGGGUCAGCUGUGGACAAAUGUGCUCUGACUUGCACUGGGAGCCAGUCCUCUGUGGAACACUUGGUGUGCCAGAGCACCAGCCUGGGCUGAGGGAAGGCAGAGCAGGGGCUGCACUGCUUAGGAAAAUUGGUCUUUGUGCCUAGGAGAUGGCUCUGGAGAGGCCACUGCUGUUAUGGGCAGC